AUGUCGUUGUUUCCAGCCAUACAACGUGGCGACUAUUUGGCUACAUUGACCUUAAUUGACCAUGAAGGGGCGGAUAUCGAAGAACGGAACACUAACGGCGGCACUCCUUUGCACGUUGCCUGUUACUACGACAAUGAAGAAGCCUCCAUCAUUGCAAAUCUACUUUUGGAUCGCGGCGCCAAUGUCAACGCUACAGACAACGACGGUUGGACUCCCAUGCACGUAGCUUGCGAUAAAGGUAACUUAGAAGCUGUCAUUCUUCUUAUUGGCCGCAAUGCUUUGUUAGAAACAAGGGCGGAUACACUAGGAGGAGAAACUCCAUUCCAUACGGCAUGCGCUAAAGGACGUUUGGAAGUGGCUCGGCUCUUGCUAUCGAAAGGGGCAGACAUUGAGACUUUUUGUAGUAACCAAUGGACACCCUUGUGCUCGGCAUGUGAAAAAGGUCACGUACAAGUGGUCCAAUUGUUGGUGAACAACCACGCGAAUCUCGAGGCACGAACCAACGUAGGAGCGACCUCCUUGCAUAUUGCCAGCCGGCAAGGUCAUGAGGAGGUAGUAAGACUCUUACUGAGCAAUGGUGCUGAUAUGGAGGCUAGACAGCAACACCAUUGGACACCUUUGCAUGCAGCAUGCCAUCAAAGUCGUAUGGAUGUUGUCUGCCUUUUGCUGAACCGAGGGGCGUAUCUGAACGCGAAGGACAUCAGGGGUUGGACUGCGCUUCAUAUUGCCUGUUGGAAGGGCAAUUUGGAACUUACCCGUCGCUUUCUAGGACGAAAUGCAAAUAUCGAGGCAACCACAAAUCGAGGAUCCACGGCUUUGCACCUAGCUUGCUUCAAUGAUCACGUGGACGUCGUACAAUUUCUAUUGGAUAAUCGUGCAAACGUGGAAGCUGUACAUACCCCUUCAUGGACACCACUGCAUUUCGCAUGCGCGAGAGGAAACUUGACAGUUGCCCAACUUUUAUUGGAACGAAAUGCCAACCUAGAAGCAAAAACAAAGGGCGGAAAGACUCCUUUGAUUGCAGCAGGUAUUUGUGGGCACUUCGAGCUGGUGUGGUUCUUGGUACGAAGAUACCCGUUGUUGAUUCUACAAAACUAG